AUGAGUAGUACCAACGGUAGCAUGAACGACGGCAGUCCAUGGAAGGUUCACCAUCCAUCGUCAAAACUAAGCAUGCUGCCGUUUCCCAUAUAUGGUUCGACGAUUGAAUGUCACGGCGACGAUGGCAUCGAAGUCACUGGGGACAUCGCGCCUCCUCUUCAUCUAUCAACGACUUUUAUUUCCGGUGCGCCAGAAUCAUACGGUCAAGUGUACAGUCGAAUGGACAAUGUUACAAGGAGAAGAGUCGAGGCUGUGCUUGGAGCAGUGGAAGGUGGUCAGGCAGUCACUUACUCGAGUGGACUUAGUGCAGUCACGGCACUCAUUAACUGCAUUAAGCCAAGACGCAUCUAUCUGGAUGCAGGCUAUCAUGGCGUCAAGGACGCAGUCAAACUAUGGAGUGAACGUCAAAAUGUAGGUGGAAAACUUGAAUUUUUCACAUGGGAGCAAUGUAAACAACUGUAUGAUCAAGAGAAAAAUAAGUCUCACACAAACCAUUCACUUUGGCGACCAGCAGACGCCGAGGAAGAGCGUACCCUCGACUUGAUUUGGCUUGAGAGUCCGAACAAUCCAUAUACGACUCUUGUCGAUAUUGAAUGGUUUGCUGAGUUAGCCGCUCGAACUGGAGCUUGUCUUGCAGUGGAUAGCACUCUCUCGUCGCCGCUCGGUCAACGUCCUUUUGAACAUGGAGCCCAUGUUGUCAUGCAUGCAUUGACCAAAUAUCUUUCGGGACACAGUGAUUUGCUUGGCGGUGUUCUCAUAGUUCAUCCCUCGUUGUCUGACAUACUCACAUGCAAACUCUUAGCAGAACGUUCCAUUGAUGGCGCUGUCAUGGGCAGUCUGGAAACAUGGCUUCUACUAAGAUCGAUGAGAACUUUCUCCCUUCGUAUUCGACGGCAAUGUCAAACGGCUUCGAUCAUAGUCCAAUGGCUAGAACAACAACGAGUCGAUGGACAUAAAGUGAAGAAAGUUCAUCAUCCAAGUUUAGAAUCGCAUCCCAGUCACUCGCUUGCCGCCCGUUAUCUUCGUCUUCCGCCGGCCACAUUUAGCUUCGAGCUCGAGUCCGAGUCUCAAGCCACGUCCUUUGCUCGAUCGCUAAUUCUCUGUGCUCAGGCCACGAGUUUGGGUGGCGUCGAGACAUUGGUCGAUUGGCGUUACCAGUAUGAUACAAGUGUCAGUCCUGCCCUCUUGAGAGUCUCUAUUGGCGUUGAAGAGGCGGAAGAUCUCAUUCAAGAUUUUGAACAAGCAUUGAAACAAGCGAAAUGA